AUGAAGAUUUUGUCGGCCGUACCUGGCACAGUCAGAGCCUCGGUCACGAUCAGGUCAGAGAAUCUGAAUCGGCUUGGAAGCUUGCACGGUGGAGCCAUUUGCUCUUUGACCGAUGUGGGUUCAAAUCCAUGAUGUGUCCAUAUGCAGAUGCUUCAAUGCUCAGGUUGCUAACGAUUGACAGCUUCUGCAUCGACAGACGAUGGGCAGCCUAGCGCUGGCAACCAAAGGCUUGUACAGCACCGGCGUCUCUACUGAUAUCAACACCACUUUCGUCAAAGCAGGCGGAGGCGCCGGAGAUGAGGUGCACGCCAUCGGCACAGUAGUAAGCUUAGGUCAGCCAACCAGACGUGAAGUGGAAGUUGUGCGCUACGUCUGGUCUUACCCAAAUUUGCAUCUACCCCAAUUGCGUAGGGAAGACGCUUGCGACAACACGUUUUGAGCUGCGGCAUCCAGUCUCUGACGCUGUGCUGGCGUACGGCUCGCACACCAAGUUCGUGGGAAAAGCCUUGGGCCAUCCAGAGAAUGUUGGUGCGUACGGUGAGGUUGAUUGGCAUUGAAAAUUCAACGGAAGCAAGCCCUAUCAUCGAUAUGUUGACAUAUCAUCCCGUAGAUUUCGACGAGACCGGAAAUCAUGUUGUCAAAGGGAGCCCUCCUUCGGAGUGGCCGGCACACUAG